GUCAUGACUCAAGACGUCAAAUAAAUACCAACAAAAUGUGAUCGUGUGUUUUCCAACGAUUUUAGGAAAAUUAAAUGAAUAUUUGUUAAUUCUCAUUAAAUAAAUUACAUUGUCUUAAAUAUCGUUAAGCAACAGUAUGUAAAUAUCAAUAAAUAGAAUGUAAUGUGUUCAACAAGUCUCAAGAAUCAUUGCAUUGUUUCCAUUAUUGACAGUCGAAAAAUGAGAAUUUCAUUCAAGAUGACAUUUCGGGAUAUCGCAUCGCAAUGAGACUUGAAUCCGACGAAACUUGAAAAAUUAAUUAGUGUUUAUUGUAUUUUGAUACACUGUCCAAGACUUAGAAAUGCCUGAUGAUAAUUUACAAAAUGUUGCACUUCAAUCUCAAUCGGGCAGUAAAUCAAUUAAUAAUGCUGGUAAUAUCUUUGACACACCAUUAACAUCAUUCGCUGAGAUGUGGUACCAAAUAUUUUUAUCGGCACUCUUCUCCUCGAUUUUUGUCCAUACAAUUGCUGGUGCAAUAUGCUUUGCAACCUUAAGAAAACACAAAUAUGGAAAGUUCUUCCCCCUUCUGAUUAUAAUAAUGGGCUUUGUUCUACCGCUAACAUCAGGAGUUCUCAGUUCUGCUGCAGUGGCUUUUGUCUAUAAAGCAUCAAACUACCAAAUGCCAUCUUUAUAUGCCUUAUUCUGGGGUAUUGGGCAGACUGUCGUGGCUGCUUGCGUUGGCUUCACAAGAAUUCUAGCAACCUUAUAAAUCUGACAAAAAAUUUACUUCCCAUUUAAAGCAAUUAAUUUAUCUUCUUUCUGUCUCAAAGCACAAUUUAUUUGAAUUCAAAGAACUUAGUUUUUCAGUAUAAAAUAUUUGUUAUUCAUUAUUUAAAAAGAUAUCUCUUUAUAUUUAAAUAUUUCUAGGUGUACUGUAUUCUAAACCAUUGCCUUUAAAAACAAAAAAAUACGAUUAGAUAGAAAAAAUGAAGAAAAAAUUAAACAAUUUUUAGUUUUUCUGGAUUGAAAUUAGAAACUAGUUUUUUUCAUUUAAAACUUUGUAUGAUUUUUCAUACAAGUUAUGUUAUAAUAACAUAACUAUUGUUUUUCGUUAAAAGAAAAGUAUUUAAAAUUAAAUUUUUUAAAAUAAAAAGUAAUUUUAAGAAAAUGUAUUGUACAGGGGAAAAAAGUAUUUAAAUUUGAGACAAUUAAGAAAUCGGACAUAAUAAUAAUUCCUGUGAAUGACUGUAGAUAGUAUUUAUAAUACACGAUAAAUAUUAUUAUAUAUGUCCGAUAAUAAUUUGUAUAAAUGCCAAUUAAAAUAACGUUUAUUUUAUAAACUGACUGAAUUUUUUAAGAAAUUUAACUACGCAUACAGUAGACAAAAUUUAUUUUCGCAUCACUUGUUCAUGUCAGAAAAUAGAAAAUUUAUAUUUUUGUCUACUAAUUUUUAAAAAAGAGUAAGGUUUUUGUAUUUUAGUGAAAAUUUAUAAAUAUUUUAUUUCAUUUUCAUUUUUUAGUAGAUUCGAUUGUGAUGUUUAUAUUUUUUAUUAAACAUCUUCUAAUUUGCAAAAUGUGUGCAAUAAUGAAAAAACGAGUAUGAGAAAAAAGUUAUAUAUUACAUAAAUUUUGUAAAUGUAUUGUAUAUGUAAAUAAUAUCUUAAAUUAUUUUAAUGGAAAAUAAUUAAAUUUAUAUAUAAUUAGCUCUCGAUUCAGUUAUGUAAUUAAUUUUGCAAUAGAUUAUAUGUGUUUGUUUGAAUACUUCAGCACAUUAACUCACUCAUGUCUUUCAUAUAAGGGUGGUUGGCCUUUUUUUGCAUGAUUGAUUAAGACAUUUUUCUUUUGAAAAAUGUUAUUUUUUAAAAUAUUUUUUUUAGUAAAAAUUUACAAAUUGAUAUAAGAAUGUUUUAUCAUGCAGAGUCGACUACAUACAUACUUAAAGUAUCUUCUUGAAAAAGUAAAUGAUUGAUUGUAUACAUUAUAUCUAUAAUAGUUGAAAAUUCUCACGGAUAACACAUUUACACGACUGUAUAUUAAAAAUAUGUAUGAUAAUUAUUAAAUAGAUACAUUUAUUAACGUUA